GCAUCGUACAAAUGGUAACUUAAAUGUACUGAACCCUUAUCUGAUAAGAUGCACAAAUGUUUGUCUUAAACGCAAAUUUUCACACACAAAAAGAUGCACUCGUGAUGUUUUUGGCUUGUGGCUCUUAGAUUUAUUUUCAUCCUAGUCAGUUAGCACCACCACAUCCUGAUUUACUUCUUUUUGCUUAAUGUUGGUCCAUUGCAAAGUUUCCAUUUUGAUAGAAAAAUAUCAAUUCACUUUUUUAAAUCUAAAAUGCUGAUGGUUUUUCCGUGUUGUUUUAAAUUUUGUAAAGAAAAUCUCAUAAACGUUUUUCCAAAACAGUUUACUGGGCUUCAGUGAUAAUUCCAUAGAAAAUACAGAAAUUAUGCAUUUUAAGAUUGUGAGCCGAGCUGAUGUUUCACCUUUUAUGCAUGAAAACUGGCUCGCCAUUUGAUCUUGCACAUUGCAAAAUAAGAAGAAAAAAAAUCGAGAAGGCAAAACGAGAAGGAAGUGGCCCUGAGUGGUUUUACUGAGCAAUCACCUCCUGUGUUUGUCAGAGCAGAAGGGCAGUAUAUGCAAAGGCUGUGGCUUUGUACGCUGUGCAUUUGUCUAUCUUCUAACUAGAUGUAUAUAAAUAGCAAAAUUUUAUUCUCGUAGCCAUUCCUAACAGAAACCCACCCAAUAAUGUGGUUGUCUUGAAGAGAUGUAAUACAGAAGGGAGGCAGUUUUAAAGUCAACAUUUUGAAGCAAUCGAUAGACUUUUGUUCAACAGAACGGGUGCUGUCCAUCUUCUCGUCUAUAUUUUAAAAUGUCUCACAACAAGUCCACCACAGAAUCCCUGGAUGCUUCAUCAACAGCAUUGAUGACCUUGAACUCCAUGCAACCACAAAGGUCAACAGACUACCACACAGCCCUGGUAGCCAUCUAUUCAGUGGUUCUGCUCUCUGGUACUGUUAGCCUGAGCCUGAUGAUGCACGCCAUGAAGGACAGCCCUCUUUCCACCACAUCCGUCGCUGUCCUCAACCUGAUCUUUGCUCACUUCAUAUUUCUUUGCACUGUGCCCUUCCGAAUUUACUAUUACGCAGUUGAAACAUGGUACUUGAGCUCUCAUUGGUGUCGAAUGGUCAGUGCCAUGAUCCACAUGCACAUGUACAUGUCUUUUGCUCUCUAUGUGAUUAUCCUCCUCUCCCGCCUUUUGACAUUCUACAACAGAGAUACGCAAGUGUCUUCCUUCAAGAGGAUCCACGCAGUCAUCGCGAGUGUUGUGGUGUGGAUCAUUGUUCUCGUUUCAGUCCCGUGUGGCAUCCUUUAUUCCUACGGCAAAGGCGGAACAGACAGUAAUGGGAGCAUGCUAUCGAAUCAAAACACCUCAUGCUUCAAAUUUGGAAAAUACAUGGAAAACUUUAAGGAAGUCAACUACACUGUAAGCGCGUUGAUCAUUGUAGUGGCCCUGUUACUGACGAUGCUCCAAGCCAACAUCUUGCGUGUUUUGUACAGGAAGUACCAGAAAAAAAGCAGCUCCCAGCAGGAUUUUGGAGCUCAGCUGAAAAGCUUCUUUUUCGCCUUGAUCAUGGUGAUUUGUUUUGUUCCAUACCACAUUUUUCGGAUGUAUUACUUGGAGCAUAUUGACAUGGAGGACAUCAAUGAGGUGCUUUUAAGUCUGACCACUUUUAACUGUUUGGACAUGCUCACCUUCUUAGGAAGGAAAACGUGCUAUCUGUUCUCCCCAAGAAGAGUUUGAGGGCAAUAACUUUUUAAAAACAGUUCUUUGAACCCAUUUCUGUCUAUAGAUUCACAUUUAGUCCUUGGCUGUUGUAGACUUUUUUUUCUUUCAUCUUAUUCAGUUUUAAAAUGGCUACAUACUUAAAAAAAAAGGGUUAAAUCGAAAGAAAAACAUAAAGGAAGUGAAGUAUGUUUCUAUGCAACUGAAUGGUGCCAGAAAGUGGUUAAAGUGAGAGGGGAAAUGAAAAACUGUUGGCGGAGAUGCAGUGUAACACGAGACGAUGACUUCCUGAAGAACAUACAUUUUUUAAAUGUAUGCUGGAAAACCGCAGAUGUCUCACACUAAUUAUAUAAUUUGCCCAUAUUUUACCCUGUUCAAAUUUCCAUUGUUUCACUUGUAGCAGUUGUUCUUUUCAGUGUGAUUUAUGAUUUAAAGUAAAGUGGACUAUUGUCAUGUCU